GGGAGCAGCAAUGUUUUCAUGCUGCUGCGGACCUCCUCUAGUCACUCCGCCAUGGCGCCCGUGAUGUCGCUGAUGAAGGAGGGGACAUCGUAGCAUCGUGUUUUAAUUCGCUUGGGUGGAACAAUUCUCGCCGGCAUUUUUUGCUACUCCUGCAUUUUAUUUCGUCAACAUUUUCUCUGUGAACCGGCCAUGACCGUGGAGCAGAAUGUCCUACAGCAGCACUCUCAGAAGCACCAGCAGACACUACUAAACCAGUUGAGGGAGGUCACAGGCACAACAGAUGUUCAGUUGCUUCAGCAGGCCCUGCAGGUGAGCAAUGGAGACCUGGCAGAGGCCGUGGCCUUUCUGACAGAGAAGAACGCCAAGGUUCCACAACAAGAUGAGACAACCUACUACCAGACCUCUCAGGUGGCCAGCGACAGAUACAUCAGCGUGGGAAGCCAGGCCGACACAAAUGUGAUCGAUCUGACCGGAGAUGAUAAAGAUGACCUGCAAAGGGCAAUCGCCCUCAGCCUGGAAGAGUCCAACCGGGCAUUCAGGGAGACGGGUAUCACUGAUGAGGAGCAAGCCAUCAGCAGAGUUUUGGAGGCCAGCAUAGCUGAGAACAAGGCCAGUCUGAAGCGUACCCAUACAGAAGUCUGGAGCGAUUCACCCAACCCGCACGACAGGAAGAGGGUAGACACCUGCCCUGUGGGUCUGAAAAAUGUUGGCAACACCUGCUGGUUCAGUGCUGUCAUACAGUCUCUGUUCAACCUGCUGGAGUUCCAGAGGCUGGUGCUUCACUACUCUCCACCAGCCAGAGUCCACGACCUGCCUCGCAACCAGAAGGAGCACAGGAACCUGCCCUUCAUGCAGGAGCUGAGGAACCUCUUCUCCCUCAUGGUGGGCUCCAAGAGGAAAUAUGUUGAUCCGUCACGAGCUGUGGAAAUCCUCAAAGACGCUUUCAAGUCCAGCGAGUCACAGCAGCAGGAUGUCAGCGAGUUCACCCACAAGCUGCUGGACUGGCUGGAGGAUGCCUUCCAGAUGAAGGCGGAAGAAGACAGGGAGGGCGAGAAGCCAAAGAACCCCAUGGUGGAGCUUUUCUACGGCCGCUUCCUUGCUGUGGGUGUCCUGGAAGGUAAAAAAUUUGAAAACACAGAGAUGUUUGGGCAGUACCCGCUGCAGGUGAAUGGCUUCAAGGAUCUCCACGAGUGUCUCGAGGCAGCAAUGAUUGAGGGCGAGAUCGAGUCCCUGCACUCAGCAGAGAACUCUGCCAGAUCUGGACAGGAGCACUGGUUCACAGAACUCCCUCCCGUGUUGACCUUUGAACUUUCAAGAUUCGAGUUCAACCAAGCACUGGGACGACCUGAGAAGAUCCACAACAAGCUGGAGUUCCCCUCUAUGCUCUACAUGGACAGGUAUAUGGACCGGAACAGGGAAAUAACCAGGAUCAAGAGGGAGGAGAUCAGGAGGCUGAAAGAACAUUUGACGCUGCUCCAACAGCGACUGGAAAGGUAUCUGAGUUACGGCUCAGGCCCCAAGAGGUUUCCUCUGGCAGAUGUCCUCCAGUAUGCCAUGGAGUUUGCUUCUAGUAAGCCUGUGUGCACCUCUCCAGUGGAAGACAUUGACUCUUCAGCGCCGCCCGGUGGCACAACAGGACAACAGCUUCCCCCACCAAGCACAGCCGAGCAGGACUCCAUGGCUCCCUCAGAGAGCUCAGACCCUGCCUCAGGUGCAGCCACAGCUCCCACUACAGCCCAGCAGCAGAGAGUACCCAUUCACAAGCCCUUCACCCAGUCCCGGCUUCCCCCUGACCUCCCCAUGCACCCCGCUCCACGCCACAUCACUGAAGAGGAGUUGAGGGUGCUCGAAGGCUGCUUGCAUCGUUGGAGGAGCGAAGUGGAAAAUGACACCCGAGAUCUACAGGGCAGUAUAACCCGAAUCCACAGAACCAUUGAACUAAUGUACUCUGACAAAUCUAUGAUGCAGGUUCCAUACCGGCUUCAUGCGGUGCUGGUCCACGAAGGCCAGGCCAACGCAGGACACUACUGGGCUUAUAUCUACGACCCGCAUCAGCGUUGCUGGAUGAAGUACAACGACAUCUCUGUCACCAAAUCCUCCUGGGAGGAGCUGGUCAGAGAUUCGUUCGGAGGCUACCGCAACGCCAGUGCCUACUGUCUCAUGUAUAUCAAUGACAAGAAGCCCUUUCUUAUAGAAGAGGAAUUUGAUAAAGAAACAGGACAGAUACUCAGCGGCAUGGACAAACUGCCCCCAGACCUGAAACAGUACGUGAAAGAGGACAAUGAGCUCUUUGACAAGGAGAUCCAUGAGUGGGACACCCUGCAGGCCCGCAAGGCCCAGCAGGAGAAGCUGGCCCUGGCCGCAGCAGCAGCAGCAGCAGCCGCCGCCGCCGCCUCUGCAGCAUCCAGCACCUCUACUUCCUCCUCUUCCCCUCAGCCCAUGAGUAUCGAGUCCAGCCCUCCAGAAAAUGCAGCACCCCAGCAGGACCCAGAGUACAUGGAGCAGCCAUCACCCACUAAUGACUCCAAGCACCUGCAGGAGGACACAGAGAGGGCCAUCUCCAGAGCUGCUUCUGAACAAGAGGAGAGAAGCCCAGAGGCAUUGUUAAAUGCUGUAUAUGGAGAGUCUCUUCACCCUCCCACUCCCCCUCAGCCUGAGGUGCAGGCGAACGCCCCCUCCUGCUCGUCCUCCUCCACCCCUCCUCCUGACCCCGUCAUGGAGGACGAGUCCCCCGGUCGCACAGUAGAGGUGGCCAUUCCUAACGUGGGAACCUUUGUCAUAGAGUCAGAGGAGGGGGGAUAUGAUGACGAGACAAUGAUGACCCCGAACAUGCAGGGUAUCAUUAUGGCCAUUGGCAAAUCCUGCAGCGUAUAUGAAAAGAACGGGCCAGAGGCAGCCUUUUUUAAGGCCAUCAAGCUGGAGUACGCUCGUCUUCUGAGAUUCGCCCAGGAGGACACGUCUCCCGAGAACGACUACCGGCUCCAGCACGUCAUCGUCUACUUCAUUCAAAACCAGGCGCCCAAGAAGAUCCUGGAGAGGACUCUGCUCACACAGUUCGCUGACAGGAACCUGGCCUUUGAUGAGAGAUGUAAGAGCAUUAUGAAUGUGGCACGUGCCAAACUGGACCUAAUUAAGCCCGAGGAGGUCAACAUGGAUGAGUAUGAGACGUGGCAUCAGGACUACAGGAAUUUCCGCGAGACGACCGUCUUCAUGAUGACCGGCUUGGAGCUCUUUCAGAAGACAAAUUUCGUGGAGGCUCUGAUGUAUCUGAUCUACGCGUACCAGUACAAUAAAGAGCUUUUGAUGAAGGGGCUGUACAGAGGGCACGACGAGGAGCUUCUGGGUUAUUACCGUCGAGAGUGUUUGCUGAAAUUAAACGAGCAAGCAGCCGCCAUGUUCGAGUCCGGAGAAGAGCCGGAGGUGACCACCGGCCUGGGCAUCAUGAACGAGCUGGUGGUGCCCUGCAUCCCUCUGCUGCUGGUCCACGACGUAGAGAGAGACCUGCUGGCAGUGGAGGACAUGAGGAACCGCUGGUGCUCCUACCUGGGCCAAGAGAUGGAGUCCAACCUCCAGGAAAAGCUGACAGACUUCCUCCCCAAGUUACUGGACUGCUCGACUGAGAUCAAAAGCUUCCACGACCCCCCCAAACUGCCCUCCUAUUCCACCCUGGAGCUGUGCGAACGUUUUAGCCGCGUCAUCGCUGCCCUCGGCAGGGUGCCCACCGAGGGGAGAUGAACUCGGAAGGGACAAGACCAGGCACCUCUCCCUUAUCCCCAGCGCCCCGUCCCGGGCGUACAUCCAUGGACCUCUCUUAACCCAUGCCUUCCUUAUAAAUCCAGGGGUCACUCGCUUUCUAGCUGUUAUUCCUCUGUUACUCUUUUGCUGCUAUAGGUUUUAUCAUUAUAAAUAUUAUUUCACUUUUGUUUUAAGCAAACAACACAAUGGAGGAAGGAAGAGAGGACGGACUGUUGGGAGGGGAAAAAUGAAAUGAGAGAGAGGAGAAGUUGAUUGAAAAACAGUGGCAAUCCUGCAGUGGUUAAAAAAGCCAAGCACAUUCUGCUUCAACUUUGUGAGGAAAACGAAAAAAAAAAAAGAAGAAAAAAAAACAUGAGUUUGAGGGUUUCUCAUAGUUUAUUAUUGUUGUUGUUGCUGUUUGAUUCAAGCUUCCCCGACCACGCUCAUAGCCCCUUUCUAACAGCACCCUUCUCUGCGUGAAAGGAUCACCCCGCUGCUCCGCCUCCAGUUUGGUACAGUAUUACCACGUUUUGUUUUAUUUUUCUAAGGAAGUAAGAAAGAGAGCCUUCAGAUUUAUCAACGGCUCAGAGUAUCUCAAACAUGGGUCUCAUGUCUUUGUGGACUGCACCAGAAUGAGAUGUUUUAAGUGCUGUGGUAGACGGCCACAGACUUUCUGUGGCUUGUUAAUAAAUCGAGAGAAUAAAAUUUUAUUUAUGGCCCUUUUAGGCCAAAUAAACAAA